ACAUUAGAGAUGAACUAAAUAAUAAUAGGACUAAAGCAACACAAUUACAUAUAGUUGGGAGUGUAAUUAGAAGUAGCUAGUUAGAUGAUGGCGUGCGUGAGCGUCCACGUUACCACUAGAUAGGCUUACCCUGCUUAACUUACCUAGCUGAAUGCACUAACUUCAUUUGAAUAACUGAUGUUUUGUGAAUAUUGUACCCCGCCCAUUUUUUUGGGUAGCUGUAACUCAGUGUGACUGGAUAUACAUGGUGUCAUAGGUCUGAAAACAUUGCCGUCAUGCAGCAUUGGUGAACUACAAAGUUACUAUGGUUACAGCACAUGUUCAAACGGAUAUCUUACACGCUGUUUAUGAUAACCUACUUUUGGGCAACUCAAGAACAAACGAUUUCAGGAAACUGCACCAUCGGAUUCAAGACCGAGGCCAAAUACCUAAUCACAAGUCACCGGACCUCCUUGUCAGGUCCAACUUUUGGAUUCUAACUCUGUUAAGGGUGGUCAAGUUCCGUCGCACGGGUGAGAGCACACGUUCCGAAGACGAUGGGGGGUGCAGGGAGCACGAGGUCCAGAUCGAGGGCGUCCGGACGGACAUGGAGUCCGUAGAGCUGGGCGAUGGCACCACCGUUCCCAGGGAGUUCGCCAACCCCACCGAUGACACCUUCAUGGUGGAGGACGCGGUGGAGGCCAUCGGCUUCGGGAAGUUCCAGUGGAAACUCUCCAUUCUCACCGGGCUGUCCUGGAUGGCUGACGCCAUGGAGAUGAUGAUCCUCAGCAUCCUGGCCCCUCAGCUGCACUGUGAAUGGAGGCUCCCCAGCUGGGAGGUUGCCCUGCUCACAUCGGUGGUCUUCAUCGGGAUGAUGAUCAGCUCCUCGCUCUGGGGGAACAUAUCGGACAAGUACGGCCGGAAAACGGGCCUGAAGCUGAGCGUGCUGUGGACCAUGUUCUAUGGCCUCCUCAGUGCAUUCGCCCCGGUGUACUCCUGGAUCCUCUUCCUCCGAGCCCUCGUGGGAUUCGGCAUCGGAGGAGCCCCACAGUCGGUGACGCUGUAUGCGGAGUUUCUCCCCAUGAGGUCCAGAGCCACAUGCAUUCUGCUGAUCGAGAUAUUCUGGGCGGUGGGCACCGUGUUCGAGGUCCUGCUUGCCAUCCUGGUGAUGCCAACCCUAGGCUGGCGCUGGCUGCUGGGACUCUCCACCAUCCCCCUCUUCAUCUUUGCCAUCCUGUGUUUUUGGCUGCCGGAGAGCGCCCGCUACGACGUGCUGACAGGAAACCAGGCGAAGGCGCUCGCCACGCUCAAGCGCAUCGCCGUGGAGAACGGCGUUCCCAUGCCGCUGGGGAAACUCAUCGCUGCCAAGCAGGAGGAGCGUGGGAAAAUCCAGGACCUUUUUUCUCCGCACUUUCGCUGGACCACAAUUCUGCUCUGGUUCAUCUGGUUCUCCAACGCCUUCUCCUACUACGGCCUGGUGCUGCUGACCACUGAGCUCUUCCAGGAGGGGGGAGCGUGCGGAGUGUCCAAGGGGAGGCAGAUGGACCCAAAGUGCAGCCUGGAGUGCAAGUACCUGACCUCCGACGACUACAAAGACCUGCUGUGGACCACCCUGUCUGAGUUCCCAGGCCUGCUGGUGACGCUGUGGGCGAUCGACCGGCUCGGGAGGAGGAAGACCAUGGCGCUCUGCUUCACCGUGUUCUCCCUGUGCCUGGUGCCACUCUACGCCUGCGUGGGGAGGACGACCCUCACGGUCCUGAUAUUCAUCGCCAGGGCCUUCAUCGCCGGAGGCUUCCAGGCCGCUUACGUGUACACCCCCGAGGUGUACCCGACGGCGAACAGAGCUCUGGGCCUGGGGACCAGCAGCGGCAUGGCCAGAGUCGGCGCGCUCAUCACCCCCUUCGUUGCACAGGUGAUGCUGGAGUCCUCCGUGUACCUGACCCUGUCGGUGUACUGCUGCUGCUGCCUCCUGGCGGCCAUCGCCUCCUGCGCGCUGCCCAUAGAGACCACCGGGCGGGGCCUGCAGGAGUCCAGCCACCGCGAGUGGGGCCAGGAGAUGGUCGGCAGGGCCGCCCACAGCCCCGGGGGCAUCCCGCACUCCAGCUCCGGAUCGCAGGACUGAGCGGUGGCGCCCCGCCUCCCCCCCCCGGGUCGGGCUGAGGCGGGACGGGGUGGGGUUCAGGGGGUACUGGAAACGAAUGGGACUGAGGUGUGUGAGUGUGGAAGGCGGAGAGGGAAAAGGACUGGGUGUUGAGGGAGGGGCUGGGGGGGGGGGGGGGAGAUAUUGGGGGUGGGUAUUAGGUGGAAAGGAGCCAGAGGCACACUUACCCCCCUCCUCAGUGUCCCAACAGGUGAAAUCCCACCCCCCCCUUCUGUACAUAGGCACUGGGGAGAUUUCACAAUCAUCGCCGACUAUUAUUGCUAAUCAUCACUUCGCCUACUGUAUUUGGUCAGAAACAACUCCGCUCCGGGUCACAUGCUCCCAAGUCUCUCGCCAUCUCUCCAGAAAGAAGUGCUGGGGGGGGGGCACCUGGGGGCAGAGGUGGGUAAGUGGGAGCGUCCAUUUUGGGCUGUGAGUCCCUCACGGCCCCUCUUAGGGACGCUCGAAAAAGCCCCCCGAAAGAGAGGGAGACAC